AUGGACGCUAACCAAUUCCAACAACUACUCGCUAACCUUACCAUAUCCUUUGAAAACGCGGCAGCGAAUAUCGUAAACGGCCUUCGACCAGAAAAUAUGCAAAACAAUAUUAUAGUCAAAGAAGUCGAUGAAGUCAAAGAAGUUGAAGAGGUCAAAGAUAACUUCGAGGCCUUUUCAGUCGACGAUGAAGUGCAAAAGAAGGAUUGGAAGUGCUACAGAGAACAUUUCGAUCGACAAAAAUACGAAACGGUACGUCUUGAAGCAGAUAUAAAUAAUGAUCCUAUUGGAGACAAUGCUACCUUUAAUGUUGUUUAUUCGCAUGACUACUAUGGUUUUCAACGAACGUUUGUUGAGUUAAAGUCCAAGCCGCUAAUCACGAUCCUACAAGAAAUCCUUCGUGACAACCGUGACAUUCACGACAUAGAACCCAGAAUCAAUGCUCGGGUUCUGUUUCAUGUGAUAAAAACGUUAAAAGAUACUGCCAUGACGAAAGCUGUGUCUAAUCUGGGCUGUCUGAAUAGCAUGAUUAAAUUCCUUGAACAUGAACAUGAUAAAACGAUUAAAGCUAAAGAUAAGAUGUUAAGGGACAAAAAUGUUUCAUUCGACAUGUUGUGGUCGACUCUUGUAAACCAAAGUCGUCAUAAAGGGGUUCGUUAUAGAGAGUGUCGACUGUUAUUAAUAUAUCAUUUCGCUAUCUACUUAUUUAUAAAUUUACUGUCUUGUGUCUGGAAAUCAUACUCUCAUAGUCAGUGUGAGAUUUCUGGUCAGAAGCUUGGCGGUAUCAUUUCCUCGACAUCUGAAGAUAAUAAUGACGAUAGGAAAAAGAUUUUUACUAUAGACAUUAAGAUAAUCGACUAUGACAGCAUCGGAUUUAAAAAUUGCACUAUACACCGUAAAAUCGAAUAUUUCUCUGGGGUAAAGAGUUUUUCUGAAUUAUCCGUUAUUCUAGCAAGAUUUAUUAAUAUUCAAAGCUUUAAGGAAGAGCUUAUCAAAAACGGAAAACUGUUUUUCCGUCAUAGCUUAGGAGAAAACAAUUUUUUGAGUUACAAGGGACCGUUAUUACGCUGGAAAUCUGAUAGGCGUAAUAAGAGGGAAGUAGAGAAGAUAAGGGCUGAUGGCCGAGUCAUAAUUGAUCUCAAAAGUUUUGCGACCAUGAAUCCCGAUUACGAAAUGGAAAAUGCCUUACCGCCAAACAAAUACCAAUAUGAGAUGAACAAACAAAAUAAGGUUUAUCUCAAGAAGGACGAAUACCUUAAGGAAGAUAGUUGUUUUCGCGCUCCUGCGGUAGUGUAUGGAUUUAGCCUUGCACUAAAAAUAUGGGGCCAGUUCGAAGUCACAAAACUCGCGCCCAUUGACUUUAACAAACGGGCCUUCGACUAUCUGGUAAUAAGUGACGAUAAAAAAAAACUGCUUAAAGGGUUAGUGAAACAAUACAGCAGAACUACAAACAACGAUGGUCUUGAUCCCAUAACCAAUAAAGGUAAUAGCUGCGUCAUUCUAUGCCAUGGACCACCUGGUACUGGAAAAACAUUGACGGCUGAAAGUGUGGCCGAAUCUCUAAGACGGCCACUAUGGAUGCUCGGCAUGCACGAACUUGGGAUUAAUCCUGAAGAAUUAGAAAAACGACUGAGUAGGGUUCUGGAAAUCGCUUAUACAUGGAAAGCUAUCCUUCUACUUGACGAAGCUGACAUUUACCUCGAAAAACGUAACACAGUCGAUCUAUCCCGCAACAUGAUGGUUGGUGCAUUUUUGCGUCAGCUAGAAUACUAUCAAGGAAUCCUCUUCUUGACAACAAAUCGUGGUGCGAAUUUUGAUGAUGCAAUCUGUUCUCGAAUUAGCAUGUUCUUCUAUUUCCCCAAGCAUGACCAGAGCCAAAGACGUAAAAUAUGGACAAUUUUCCUCAGACGCGCUAGCCUGGACAUCAAAGCAGAUGAUGAUCUUGUUGAAUACGAGUUGAAUGGUCGUGAGAUUCGUAAUAUUCUUCACAUUGCAAGAAUGUUAGCCCAUAACAGUGAAUGUGAUUUGACUAAAGACUUUAUGAUAAGUCUCAUCGAGGGAUACAUUAAUGAUUUGAAGGAACUGAGAAAAAGUGAUACUGAUACAAAAAUGUACAGCAAUAAGUUAUCUUUUUAA